GCCUACCAAAUAGCACUUUGGCCGUCAUAAACAAAUCAAAAAGAUGCUCCCAUUGCCAUAAUCCAAGUCAUAAUUCUUCUCUGUAUUGGAUUUGGACCGCCAUGGAAUCUUUGUAAUCUCUUUGUGGCCACGGAGAGAAUGGUCAAAAUGAGUGCUGCCUAUUCCUGAUUCCUCUGCUCUCUGCCCCUCUUCCCCUAUCUUUACUGACGUCAUAAUUUGCCAUCUUCUUCAUCACGCAUCAAAUUUUAAAACCAACUUAAAAGUCUACUUUCAUUCCUACUAUUAAUUUCAUCUCCAGAAACCCACCAACAAUUUUAUUUUCCAACACCAGUUUUCACCUACUUCUCCUUGUUCGUCUGCAAAGAUUGUGCCUUUGAGGCGUGCCAGAGUAAGUUUGAUGGAGACCCAAGCAGGAAUUGUUUCAAAACCCCUCGUUGAUUUUCAUGGCAUCGAUGAAGAAUUGGUUCAAAAGAUGGUUCAUGAUGCUCUUGUCUGGAGCUCUCUCCAUGGUCUUGUUGUUGGAGACAAAAAUGUUCAGAGAUCAGGAAAAGUACCUGGCGUGGGGAUGGUACAUGCUCCAUUUGCCUUGCUGCCCGUGGCAUUCCCAGAAAAUCACUUUAAGUUAGCAUGUGAGGUUGCGCCCAUAUUCAAUCAACUUAUUGAUCGUGUGAGUUUGGAUGGAAAGUUUCUGCAGGACUCAUUGUCCAGAACAAAGAAAGUAGAUGUUUUUACAUCAAGACUUUUAGAUAUUCAUUCCAAGAUGCUAGAAAUGAACAAAAUAGAGGAAAUACGAUUGGGUUUACAUCGCUCUGAUUACAUGCUUGAUGAACAAACUAAAUUACUCCUCCAAAUAGAGCUAAAUACAAUUUCCUGUUCAUUUCCUGGCCUCAGUUGUCUUGUCAGUGAGCUUCACAGGAGCUUGCUUAAGCAUUAUGGAGAGUACCUUGGAUUAGAUUCCAAAAGAAUUCCAAGCAACAAUACUGUCAAUCGAUUUGCUGAGGCUUUGGCUAAAGCUUGGACUGAGUAUAAUAACCCAAGGGCUGUAGUUAUGGUUGUUGUUCAGCCUGAGGAGCACAACAUGUAUGAUCAACAUUUGCUUUGUGCUGCUUUGAAGGAAAAACAUAACGUAAAAGCUAUUCGGAAAACAUUGGCAGAAAUUGAUGCAGAAGGGGAACUUCUAUCAGAUGGAACACUCUCUGUAGCUGGCCAAGCAAUUGCCGUGAUCUAUUUUAGAUCUGGGUACGCACCAACUGAUUAUCCUUCAGAAGCAGAAUGGAGAGCUAGGCUACUCAUGGAGCAGUCAUUAGCUGUCAAGUGUCCAUCCAUAUCUUAUCAUUUGGCAGGCACUAAGAAGAUUCAACAAGAGCUUGCACAGCCUAAUGUGCUUGAGAGAUUUCUUGAUGAUAAAGAGGACAUUGCCAAGUUACGGAAAUGCUUUGCCGGCUUGUGGAGUUUGGAUGAUACAGAUAUCAUCAACAGAGCAAUUGAGAGACCUGAUCUGUUUGUGAUGAAGCCCCAAAGAGAAGGCGGAGGGAACAAUAUCUAUGGUGAUGAUGUGAAGCAAAACCUUAAAAGAUUGCAGAGGGAUGGAACUGAAGAAGAUGCUGCUUUCAUCCUCAUGCAACGAAUUUUUCCAACUGUUUCCUCCACAUUUUUGGUGCGAAAUGGCAUUUGUCAUAAAGAUCGUGCAGUAUCAGAACUUGGAGUUUACGGUGCUUACUUGAGGAACAAGGACAAAGUUAUUAUAAAUGACCAGUGUGGAUACUUGAUGCGGACAAAGGUAUCAUCCUCAAAUGAAGGUGGAGUUGCAGCUGGAUUUGCUGUCUUAGAUAGUAUAUACUUGACUUGAUGAAGCAACUUUAAUUUUCAAGUUGGUUUACAGACUCGAAUGCUUCAUAAUUGACCAACACAUAUGUCACAGUUAUUCAGCAUCAAGUCUUACAAUCUUGAGAUAUAGCAGGGUCUUUUCUUACAAUUCUCAAAAAAAAAAAAAGGGCAUGGAGGACUUACCUCUAGUUUCCAUUGUUUUGUUGGCAGUGCAAUGCAGUUGUAAUGAGUGGACACAAUCGUCAGGUUUCAUGUAUGUCUUGUGUUGUGUGACUGUUUUGUCAAAUAAAAAUUUGAACACUUUCCUC